AUAUAAGGAGGCAAAUUACUUCCGUAUGCACAUGAACUGAGGGUCUUGUGGUUUUGUCUCUUGAUGCUUGGUGUUUAAAACAGUUCUACCACAUUGUUAGUGGCAUAAACAAGUAGUGACAAUGAAAGCAGACAUGUGGAUUUUUCUCUUAGCAAUGUGCUUCACACGUGUGUCUUCAAAUGAUCAGAAUUCUUGUGAGCAGUAUUCAAUGGUUUGUGAAAUGCACAAACUCAGUGCUUCACUUGGUUCCUCUGUGCUACUCCCUUGCAACUUGAGAACAAGUAACAUCACCCAGGUUUCAUGGGCCCAAUCUGCUGAGCAGGAACUUGUCCUCCUCACAUCUGACGGUCGUAUUCAGUUCUUGGAACCCAAAAAUGGCCGGGUGAAAGCAUUUCCAAACCAGGGCUCUGAGGGGAACUACUCCAUCCGCAUAGAUGAGCUUAACGAAUCAGACCUGAGGUGUUAUCUUUGUACGUGGGAACAGGACUGCCUUCAGGUGCAUUUGGUUGCUGUAAAAGGUACACUGAGUACGGACAUCAAACUUCUGAUUUGCGCCUGUGUUACUGCGGCUGUUUUCAUACUGCUGGGUGUUGGCGGUUACUUCUGCAUGAAAUGCAUAUGUAGUUGUAAUACGACAACUCUGGAAAUUACUAACAAUUCUGAAUGCACUGCGGGUUCUAAUGCUCCAGCAGAAACAGGCAGAGUGCCAAAUGUUGAUCAUCAGAAAGGAGCAUACGAUGAUAGCCUUGUUUAUGAAAAUGAUGACCAAGACCCAGCCAACCAACAAGGUGACCGCAGCAGAAAUCAGUUCAAUCUCCCGGCAGUUCAGCCUGAUCCUGACACUUCUCAACCCGGCCAAAGCACAAGUGAGACAAAUCAGUUCAGAUUUGUAAGGAUGGAAAGUCAGAGGACAAAACUGAGAUUCCAUACAGAUCUCAUCAACAGAUUAAGAAAUUCAAGCCUCGGUCGGCAUUAUUAUGCCAACCAGGGUGAAAUCAGCAGGCAACAAGCAGCUCAGGCAGAGAACCAAAACAGAGCGGAUGGGAGGAAGAAGAGAGCUAAAGCAAAGAGUGAAUACCAAAACCCGAUUUACAACAGGAGCACAGACCAGCUCCAACAAAUGUAGAGCACAAAGGAAGAAUGUAACUUUGACACCUAGUCUUUAAAAUUGGUACUGCAGUCCAAAUUCAAAACAUUGUAGAGAGCUGUCUCUCUCCGCCCCUUCCUCCCUAGAGUUAGUGUGCACAUAUCACUGACAAUGAAGCGUCAGUGUUUAGCCAGCUCUGCAUCUGUCUUUCUUGAAACCUUUCUGCGUUCUAACCUCUCUCCAUUUUUCAAAAGCAUCUCCAAUAUUGAUCCUAGUUUUACCAUGUUUCAGUUGUUUUAGGUCAGGUAGAAUCACUUCUAUCUGAACCAGUUCUCUUGCCUGCUUUCAUGCCUGGCUAACCAACAGGUAUUACAUAUUGCAUGUUUCCUCAAUGUCUGAUGAUAUAAUAAGGUCAUUUAAUGAUUUAAUUCAGACAAUAUCUCACAUAUUGGACCUUUAAGUAGAUGUGUGUAUGGUUUCAGAGUGAAGGUUACUAAAUGCUGAUUGACGUAAAUAGUUUGAACAUAAUUCUUGUCCUUUUUUGUAUUUUUUAUGUCACAUAAUUUCAUUUUUCUGCCUGUAUAUUGUAUUAGACUAUAUGUGAUGGAUGCUUGGGGGAACAAAAUAAAGAUUAAAAAACACAAAUAAGAUCAACCAA